AUCGUAAAAGGAAAGAUGUCUGUUUAUCCUCUCAUCUCUGUUCUAGCAGGCCUUAAAGUCUUGAUUCCACUCGCAAAAGAAGCAAAUGAAUUAAUCAAAGUUGCUACGUCGGAUUUCAAAGGAGACGUUGAAACACUCGGCAGAAGGUUAGAAAUGAUUGAAGCUCUCUUGAGCGACGCUGAAAAUAGCACAAGAAAGAUAGAAUCAAAAGUUCUAAAACUGUGGCUGAAGAAUCUCAAACUUGCCAUUUGUGAUGCCGAGAACGUGCUUGAUGAGAUUGCUUAUGAAUCUCUUCGAACAAAGUUGGAGGCACAAAUGAUGGACCAGGUAAGCAAAUUCUUUCGUCCCAAGAUUGCAUAUAAGGUUAAGAAUGUCAAUUCAUUGCUUGAUAGAAUCUGCAAAGAGGCAAAUGAAGUUGGCCUUACUCCAGCAAAUCAGCUCAUAAAUGCUAGUGCUGUUGUUGAGCCUAGUGAAUUCACUAGUCUGACUCACCCCUUUGUAGAUGAUUCAAAGGUUUUGGGAAGGGAUGGUGAUGUCUCUACGGUGAGAGACAUGUUACUUGGCUCUGGUGUAGAAGAUGAUUUAUCUGUGGUUGCGAUUGUCGGAAUGGCUGGGCUUGGGAAGACAACCCUUGCUCAGCUACUCUACAAAGACAAGGAUGUGGUGAGUUAUUUUGAUCUGAAAAUGUGGAUUUGUAUAUCUGAUGAUUUCGAUGUUCAAAGGCUACGGAACAAGAUUAUGCAAUCUUUGGCUGGACAAAAACUAAGUGGCAAGAAAUAUCUCCUUGUACUGGAUGAUGUUUGGAACACAAGUUUUAACAAAUGGGAAUCAGUUUGGAAUUAUUUGCGAGAAAUUGGUGGUUGCAAGGGAAGUAAAAUUAUAGUCACAACCCGUAGUAUAGAGGUGGUAUCAACCAUGCAAACGUAUCCAUCUCGCACUCAUCGUUUGAGUGAGCUAUCGUAUGAUGAUUGUUGGAACAUGUUCAGGAAAAGAGCUUUUGCCCAUGGUGGACCAAGAGAAAAUCAAACUUUGGUGGAUAUUGGAAGAAGAAUGGUUGCACAAUGUAAGGGUGUGCCGUUAGCGAUAAACGUGUUAGGAGGUCUAUUGUACUCUAAGCAGGAUCAAAGGGAAUGGGAGUUGAUUGAGAAGACUGAAAUAUGGAAAUCACUUGCUAAUGAGGAUGGGAUUCUUCCUGUAUUGAGGCUGACUUACGAUCAUUUACGGUCCCCAUGCUUGAAACAAUGUUUUGCAUUUUGUUCUUUUUUUCCAAAGGACUUCAGAAUUCAAAAGGAUGAGCUGAUUUGGCUAUGGAUGGGUCUGGGAUAUCUUCAGUCUCCUUUAGGAGGCAGUUUGGAAAUGGAAGAUGUGGGUAAUGAGUAUUUCAACAUUUUGUUGCGCAAUUCGUUAUUGCAAGACGUGGAAUUGGAUAAGAAUGAUGAUAUUAAAAGUUGCAAGAUGCAUGAUCUAGUGCAUGAUCUUGCACUUAAUGUAUCAGAGGGUAGUUGUUUGACUUUGAAGGCCGGUGAGGUGAAGGACCUUUCCGAGGUUCAACAUCUAACAUUGCAUCUUGGAGAAGGAGAAGGGUUUGAGAAACUAAAAGAUGCUAAAAAAUUGAGGACGCUCUCAUUAACUGGACAUCUUCCUAAGGACUUUAAAGAUGUCAAACAUAUUCGUGCCCUAACUUUAAAGAUGAUUGAUGUCAAAGAGUUGCCAAGUUCAAUGCGCAAGCUAAAACAUUUGAGGUAUCUCGACUUCUCAAGGACUGCAAUUGAGAAGCUACCAAAUUUUAUCACCAGUUUCUACAAUUUGCAGACAUUGAGACCAAACAACACCACGUUGGCAGAAGUUCCAGAAGAAUUUCAUAAGUUGUGUAGCUUGAGACAUUUCUGCAUCAGUCAUCCACCAACUAAUUGGAAAUGGGAAUGGAAAUUGAUGAUGCCGAAGAUGAUAGGGCAAUUGACAUCUUUGCAGACACUUCCAUUCUUUGUGGUUGGCAAGGACAAAGGCAACAACAUUGAAGAGCUUGGAAGCUUAAGCAAGUUAAGAGGAAGAUUUCAUGUUUUUGGUCUCCAGCACGUAAAAGACGAGGAAGAAGCGGAAAAAGGUAAAAUGCUAGAGAAAUCAGGCAUUACCGAGUUGGAGUUACAUUGGGACGGAGACUUCGGAAAAUCCCACGUUAACCAUGAGGAUGUGUUGCAAGGACUCAAACCUGGUAGGAAUGUGAAGAAUUUAUUACUCGAAGAUUUUGGGGGACGAAGACUUGCAUCAUGGAUGAGCAGGGAUGCCCAGUUCCCACAAAAUUUGGUUAAGAUCGAAUUAACGAGGUGCAGAGAUUGUGAACAAGUCCCAACACUCGGACAACUACCACAUCUUGAAGUUGUUGUAAUGGAUGGUUUCGAUAAUCUGAAGCGUAUUGGUCCUGACUUCUACGGAUUGAAUGAAAUAAUUGUCGGUGCUGGUAGUAGUAGAACACGGGCUGCACCAGCAGCAGUAGUAUUCCCGGCAUUGAGAAAACUCACUCUUUAUCGUAUGCCUCAACUAGAAGAAUGGUCAAACAUAUCAUCAUCGCAUGUCGUUGCCGCGAGUACAAUGGAGUUCUUUCCUUGUCUUGAGAAGUUAGGUAUCUUUUUUUGCCCAAAGUUGAGAACAAUUCCAGGCCAUUUGUUGUCCAUUCAAACUUUAGAUACAUCUGGGGGAAGUGGUGGCUUUCCGACAGAAUGGCUGGGUAGCUCCUUCCGGCCCUACUUGGUUUUAGACGUAAGCAGUUAUUCAACAAAUAUUGCUAUUCUCAUCACAGAAUUGCUUGAAAAAAGCCGUAAAUCCCUAAAGGUUCUGACAAUAGAUAUCUACAAGCGGUGUUAUUUGCCAAACCAGCUACUAGACCUAUCGUCUCUUGAGAUAUUAGUGAUAAGCCACAACCAUAAUCUGGUGGAUAUGGUUGAAGAUAAAGAAGCAGCAUUCGAUGGCCUAACGUCUCUUCAAUAUCUUUCGAUUUCGGGGUGCUAUGAGUUGAGAUUUUUGCCAAAAGGGCUACUAAAGCCAACCCUUGUAACAUUGAAGAUUCUGAACUGUCCGAAUCUGGUGGAUAUAGUUGAAGAUAAAGAAGCAGCAUUAGAUGGCCUAACGUCUCUUCAAUUGGUUUUGAUUGAGGGGUGCGAUAAGUUGAGAUGUUUGCCAAAAGGGCUACUACAACCAACCCUUGUAACAUUAGAGAUUUCUGAGUGUCCGAAUUUAGAAAUGGCGCAUCCAGAGGAAUUGUGCACCCUCUCAUCCCUUGAGAAUCUGAGAAUAAAAAGCUGUCCAAAAUGGAAGAGUUAUUGGGAGGAGGGGCUGCUCUGCCUUGCCAGCCUUAAAAAAUUGGAGAUAGGGGAAUUCUCAAAUGAGCUUGAAUAUUUCCCCUGGCCCUCCUUCACUAGUAGGGCAGCUGCUGCUUCCCCCAGUAGUGCUACUGCCGCUAACGAAGAAUCCCCCUUCAUCUCCCUGGAGUCUCUGAGUUUAGUGGGCUGGUGGAAGCUUAAGGAUCUGCCUGACCAACUUCAGCACCUCACUACCUUGAGAGAGUUGAAAAUUUGCUCUUUUGGAGGGUUGGAAGAUCUGCCUGAGUGGCUGGGUAACCUUUCAUCUCUUCAAACUUUGCACCUCAGAUUUUGCCACAGCUUGACGAGUUUUCCCUCACUGGAAACAAUCCAAUGCCUCACCAAUUUGCAUACUGUGUUUCUGUUUCGAUGUCCCCUUCUAAUGGAAAGAAUCAAAAAGGAAAGCAGCGAAGAUAGGCCCAAGAUUUACCGCAAUCUGUCGAUCAAGUACCUAGACUAUCUCCGACCAAGUCCUUUCCGAUUUCCGUUCUGCACAAACAGAGUCAUUACCGGCGUUGACCCAACCCCACCAACAUCGAUCGCUGUUGCCUCCCGCCAGAAGUCACCUUCCUCUCCCACCACCACUCCAACUGCUUCUGCAGCGCCGUCCGCACCACGUCGUUUUCUUCGGUUGACAAAACCAGGUGUGACCUCUUCAUUAACCGACCACAAGAACUCAGGUGAAGAGAAAGAGAAAGAGAAAUGAAAAUUCAAGACAAUAUGGACUAGCGGCUUAAGCUUUCAAAAUUGAGUCCAAGGUAAUAAGUUAUUUUCAUGUUCUUUUCGUACUUUAGUCUGUUUCAAGAUGUACUUUAUUCAGAAAGAUAAAUUACUAUUCUGAUACUUCCAUUUCUUUAUUGUUUUUGAGGAACGUAGACAUAACGAUACUUUCAUUUCAAUAGGUAGCCAACAAAUAAAAAUGCAGACUUGAUGCAUUGAUUCUCUUAAAUCUGUUGAGUUUAACUCUUGGUGUCUAGUUUUCAGACCUGAUGCAUUGGUUUCCCUUUUUGUAGUCUUCGUGCGUUAAAAGUAGGCUAGCAUUUCUAUGCCAUCUUAACGAGGAAGUUUUAUGAGUCCAACUCUGUUUGCACUGAUGGAGAGGAUACUGUGGAGCUAGAAGUAUGAGAUUAUGAACUCAUCUACGGGAUUCUUUGAAAUGACAUGUUUUCAAUUUUUAAUCAAUGAUCAGUAAUUAUCUAUCUGACGAUUUCCAGGUUUUUUUUUGUCAUUUUACCUAAUGAAGCUCCUGCCCUAAAUGAUGUAAUGCAUACCUUGUCAACUGAGCUAACGUCUUAUUGUGCCAACUGAAAAUUUCCUAUCAGUAGCAGAGCAUAUCCUGAUGUGGCUGAACGUGAUGAGGUUUCAUCAGCACUCAUAGAUAGGGUGCAUAUCUCCAUUUUCUUGUGAAAUCGCCUUCUCAUUGUUCCUAUUUUGGCCCACGAAGGGUGAUGGAUACUGAAGCAUCUGACAAAUUAGCUAUUUAAUGUCAUAUUUCAUACUCCAGGAUGACGCUAUGCUUCAGAACCUUGAAAAGGAAAUUGAUGAUCUCGAUGCCAAAAUUGGAGACCGAUGGCGGCUACUUGACAGGGAUCAUGAUGGCAAAGUAACUCCUGAGGAGAUGGCAGCUGCAGCUAUGUACUUGAAGGAUACUUUAGGCAAGGAUGGGGUCCAGGAACUCAUUAGCAACCUGGUCAGUUAUUCUUUAAAGUUUCAAUUAUUUGUUAUAUGCAUGUCUAUUUCCUGGGAAGUAAUGGUACACUCUAAACCACAUUUUUCGCUGCCAUAACCCGUAACUAGCCAUAAUUAUUUGUAACACCUCCAUACGCACCAUACAUACCGGCAUGACAAAAACACCACAGAAUAUUGUUGUAACAAAUCAACUUUUCUGUGCUAUAAACCUGUUCAUUCCUAUACCACAAAACUUCGUAGUAACACCCAAAAACAUCUCUUUGUUAAACACGAUGCGUACCAUAGCUUUCUCCUUGCCGGUUUUAAAAAUGUUUAGAAAGCUUCUCGUGAAUAUCGAUUUCAAGCUAAAUCUCAGUUGUUUUUUCAAGUUUUUGAAGUACAUAUGUUUGUGUGAAACUUUCAUCUUGUGGAGUGAUA